GUUGUUCAGUCACAGGAGUAAACGCGUAGAGGAAGGUUUGCAGAAAUUUAUAUACUCCACAAGAGGUUAUAAGCGACCGGUAAAAUGUCGCUUUGUCAGUCAAUAUAAUAGUCGUCCAGCUCGUGUUCGCCUUAUAUAUGCCUGUAAGAUUUGUCGCCAAUUCGCACUGCACCUGGCCAGAGACACUCAAAACACAAACAAGCCAGUGCGAGCGAACUCAGCUGAUCGAAUCUUCUCCGUUCUUCGUUCCAUCCAUCCAUGGCAAUGGCAACCAAGAACAUCAUCGUCACUGGCAAUACCGCCACCCCCACCGUCCACGCCAAGUGUUCAGGGCGAGAAUCAGCCGCCGACGACCCAGCAGUGUCCCCGCCCUUCUCCGCGCAGCUCCGGCGCGUGUGCGGCCACUGCCUCCGCGCCGCCGCCGUGGCCGCCGUGGGCUACAGCUUCGCGGCCACGGCGUGGCGCGUGCGUCACGACACGCGGGACCUGGCCUUCGUCGCCGCCGCGGCCUCCCUCCUCGCCGCGCUCCUCGCGUGCCUCCGGCGCGCCGAGCGGCUCACGCCUGACUCGCCCGCAGCGGAGAGGCGCCGCGUGCAGGCCGCCGUGUGGGCGCUCUCCACCGCGCUCAGCUGCGCGUUCGCGUACCGCGUGGCCGCGGUCAUGCCGCCGCCGCUGGCUGUCCUCGUCUGGUGCAUGACCGCGCUCGUCGCCCUCGUCGGUUUGUAUCUGCUUGUGCUCUGCAGAGACCAACAGUAUCAGGCACUCACCGACGACGAUGCCGCCGUCGCCGGCGACAGAAAGGAAUCUGCCAAGAUUAGUCCUAGUGAUGAAUUGGUCUAGCAAUUAGCUAAUAAUUAUUAUACAAAUGGAUUUUUGGGUCUGCAUAUUGUACCACUAUUUCUGAAAAUGUCUUGGAUUUUGGUACUGAUUAUUGGGCCUUGUUUAAAUUCAAAAUGUAGAAUUUUUGAGGUGUUAUAUGGAAUGUCAGAGAGUGUCCGAAUAGUAAUAAUAAAGAAAUUACAAAAGUUCUUAGGGUCUAUUUAGAUUUGAAA